AUGAAGGUCUUCACCACACUGAUGUUGCUUUCGGUUGGUGCGUCUCAGACAAUGGCAUUGAUGAUACCACGCUCCAUGGCUGCUGGCCCUGUCGCCGAGGAGGCCGUUCCCGAGUACAGCAAGAGGUCCAUGGCUGCUGGUCCUGUCGCCGAGGAGGCCGUUCCUGAGUACAGCAAGAGGUCCAUGGCUGCUGGUCCUGUCGCCGAGGAGGCCGUUCCUGAGUACAGCAAGAGGUCCAUGGCUGCCGGCCCUGUUGCCGAAGAGGCCGUUCCUGAGUACAGCAAGUGA